AAUCCAAGCACAUGAUGGUCUGAGACACAAACAGAGAAACAGAGAUGGUCAAUGGCAAGAAGGUACUGCUAAGUGAAGUGCUGCCAUUUGCAGCCAUGGUGGGAGCAGAAUGCUCCACCGUUGGCUUAAACAUUCUGUUCAAAGCAGCCACUCUGAGGGGGAUGAGCUACAACAUCUUCAACGCAUAUUCCUUUGCAAUUUCCACCCUUUGUGAUUGGAGCUGUAAUAAUAGCCACUGGGUUUUAUGCUGUGAUAUGGGGAAAAGCAAAAGAAAAAGCAAUGGUGGAUGAUGACCAACAACAUCCUUUGUUGCAGAAGCUAUAAAGUUGAAAAUAUCUAGCAAAAAGAUCAAUGGUAGAAAAUAUCAGAACCUGGACUAAAUUCAACGAUGCUUGAGUUCUGUAUCGUUUCUCUUUACUAACAAAGACAUGAAUGAUGG